GAUUGCUUACAGCGGUCAGAGGAACAAAGGAGCGUCGAAGCAGCAUUCGCGAUGACCGUCAAGACCGUCGUCGGGCAAUCCACUUCCCGACUCGCCCGAGCUCUACCUGCGUUAGGUGUACCUGUUUGGUUUUACAUAUGGACUGCUGUGUGACUUUUUACUUACUAUGGACUCACACAAUCUACAAGGGCUCGUCGCAAUAAAGCGCGAGAGUUUCGACGGCACACGCCACGCCAUUGAGCACUUGAAUAAUAUAUUGAUUUCGGUACCUCUAUAGCAGCAAUGAAUCAGGGGAGUGUAAGGGCAUACACCUGAAACACAGUCGGAAAUGCGGGCGCUGCUCUGCUGCUUUGGCCGAAGUAGUGUUCCGGCAAAUGGAAACGCUGGUUUGCCUUCUACGGAAGCAAGGCCGCUCAAGCCGGACCAAGACGUCCCAAAGGAGCUAGCCUCCGCGCAGAAUUCCACUCCGCCGCGUCCGCCAGAGACUGGCACGGACGACGCAGCCGCCCAGGUUGCUUUGCAAGGCCUGCUUGCGCCCUGCACAGCCCUGCACGCCAGCUGGGGCACUCGGUUAUUGCACCUACUACACUCAAUCCAUGCUUCCAGCGGUGCCGCGGCCAGCGUGUAUGGCUUGGCGGAGAUCAGCGCAGGGCAACUGGCGUUUGUGCUGGUGGCACGCGCGCCGGCCGGUGACCCGGCUUCUGGGCCACCCCCUGUGGACGUGUUACAGCGGGUACUCGACACACAGAAGCCCGUCGUCUUCCAGGAGCAGCUCUCGCGCGUCCUCCUCUCCAGCGGCGGCCUAAACUCCGUGGACAGCCUCGCCGACACAUCACGGGUGCCAUCCCAGUACGUGUCCCUCGGCACCCCCACGACAUGCGCAGUUCCGCUGUUUGAGGGCAUGGCAGUGGCGGGUGCGCUGGUCCUGGUGACUGAGGCGCCGCCAGCGCCCAUGCCGCCCUCCACGGCGACCCACAGCCAGCCGCAGCAGGCCGCGGCGGAUGGCGGCGAGGUGGCAGACAGCGGAGUUGCGGCAAGUGCCACAGGGCCGUCGCUACUUACGCAGCCGCCGCAGCCGGCCAAAAGCGGCCUGGCAGCCGUAGCCGCCCCCGCGUCCACCGCCACAACGCCGCUGGCGCCUCUGCUGACCAACACGGGGUUUUUACAGCAGCUGGGGCUGGCGGCGUCGGUGUGCGGCCUGGGCAGCGACGCGGAGCAGCUGCGGUGGACGGCGGCGGCGCUGGCGCGCGUGGCUGGUGCCAACAGCAUGCACGCCCUGGUCCACGAGCUGUGCGCGACCGUGGCGUCGCACGUGCGGCGGCGCUUCUUCGUGACCGCCAGCGUGCGUGCGGCCCUUCUGCCGCACCCCGACGCCGCCGUGGGGCUGCUGUUCCACCCGCAGCAGCAUGCCGGCUCGUCGCUCACCAGUCGCGACGGCCGCUACGCCGCCACUGGCUCUACACUGGAGCUCACUGCCUCCCACACCGCACCCCGCUCGGCGAGAUCGAGUGUGGAGGUGCCGGGCGGACAUGCGUCCUCGCCCAUGGCGCAGCCGCCGGCGGGGGUGCCUGGCGGCACGGUGGCGGUGAUCAUUCCGGGCGCGACGGCCCCGGGCGCGAGCGCAGCUGGAGGCGGCGGCUGCGGCUCCGGCAACCGGCCGGCGCCACUGAGCAGCAUGGCUUCGCGGCAGCGCCUCAACAUACUCAUGAACACGGGCGGCAGCAGUGAGUGUGGCACCGCCACACGCUUCUCGCGCCAGCAACAGCAACAGCAGGUGGCGCCGCAACAGCAGCCGCAGGCGCCGCAGGCGCAGCACCAAGGAGCGCUAUCGCACUGCGGUAUCGACGUCAUCGGCCUCACCAACACCUGCUCCGCAAGGGCGCUGGUUCUGGCCUCUGACGCCAACGCCGUGACCGCCAACACCAAUAACAUCACAGCCCCGCCCUUUACCACAGCCCGUCUCAUUGAUCCAACGCUGCUGCCCACCGGCACGCUCUCAGCCGCUAACGUGACUAGCGGUGGUGGGUUUGCCAUGGCCGCCUCCGCUGAGCACACGACUGGCGGCAAUGCGCCUUCCGUGCCGGCGCCCAUCCGUGCCAUCGUGGUUCAGCUGCCGCAGAACCUGGCGCUGGAGUCGGUGCCGCCACCGAGCCUGCAUGCACAGGCCUUCCCGCUCAAGCACACCAUGCUACACGCGCUGGCCGUUUCGCCCCAGCAGCAGGCGCAGCAGCAGGCGCACGAGGAUCAGGACGGCGUCCUACCGCACGUGGGCUUCCGAGGCGCGUGCAUCGAGGACGUGGCGCAGUACGUGCAGAAUGUCCACAACCCGUCGCGGGACGUCUGCCUAUUGGCGGGCGGGUCUGGCACCGGCGGCCGAAGGGGCAGCAGUCUCGGCAUCGUCUCUCCGCACGGGCCCGGCUCCCACUGCCCCAGUCCCUUCACAGUCCUGCCGACAUCCUUGAUGACCAACGCCGGCCCAAACCAGGGCGCGGCGGGUGCCAAUGGGUCUGGCGGCGCCGCACAAGCCGCCGCCGCCGCUGUUGCUGCUGCCAACGCCGCAGCCGGCCUCAGCACCCUGACUGUGCCCGCGGGCGCCGGCAGCGUCACUGCCAGCAACCUCCUGUCGCUGCUGCUUGUGGGCGUGCGGCACGGGCAGGCGGUACUGGCCAUGUACCUGUGCUUCAACAAGCGCCUGCCGGCCGAGCUGCUGGAGGCAGCCCGCGCCAGCUGCCAGGAGCUACUCGACCAGAUAUUCCUGGAGCCGGUGUGCGCCAAGCUUGACGGCUCCCUGGCGCCGGAGUUUGAGACGCUUCGCAGCACCACGCCGGGCCACUUCGCCGUGCUGCGGCCCGCCUCCACCAGCGGCAUGUCCGGCCACCAGCUCCAGGGCGGCGGCGGCAGCUCGCUGAACGGCGUCACCUUGCAGCCGCCGGGGCCAGCCGGCAGCGGGGCCAGUGGGCUGCAGCACCACCUGUCCCUCAGUACGCUUGGCCUGCUGCCGCUCUCGCACAGCCCGUGCCGCCCGCACGGCCUGCAGGUCAGCGGCACCCGGCCAACCGUGCAGAGUGGGUUGCUCUGGAAGCAGGGCCAAGCACCAGGCGCUGUGGCCGCUGGAACUGGUGGCGGGUCCGGUGCCGUGGGCCUGGGCCUAGGCGGCGGCCUGCCGAGAACGCAGAGCUCCAUCCCACGCUUGUAUGGCGGAGCCGGCGGUGGCGGAGCUGGGGACAGCAGCAGCGGCCCAGCCGCCGCAUCGCUCCAGGUGCUGAGGAGGGCAGCUGUCGCCGGCCAGCCGCAAGGACUGUCAGCAGCGGGGUCCGUCCUGACCGGAGAGGCUGGCCUGACCAGUCCGGGCGCAGGCGACGUGGCCACUGCCGCGGCGGCCGCAGCAGGGCACAUGGGUUAUGAGGAUGCUGCGGUGCUGAGGGACCUCAACAGGACAGAAGCCAGCCCCCCUGUGAUGGCGGCGACAGUCACGGCGCAAGCCGCUUCUAAUGCACGGCGCGGCAGCCUUGGCGGCCCCGCAGUGAUCUGCUGUUCAAUCCUCAGCAACCUAGAGGCAUGCACAACCACUGGCACAGGUGGCAUUCAGGCGCCAACCAAAGACGCCGGCCUGACACCAACAGGCGGCACACGCACCGGGCCCGUGGGCGCCCCGCAAGCCCGCUACAACAGCGGCAGCAACAACUUCCUGCAGCGUGGAAUGCACGGCCCCUCGGGCUUGCUUGUGCCCCUCACAGGCGGCGAGGGCAGCGUGGGCGCCGUGGGCUUAGGCGUAGGGCCUCAGACGCUGGUUAUCAAUGAGGAGCUCAUAAGCGCGGUGGUGGCGCCGCCGGAGGCGCAGCUGACGCUGGGUGACGGCGGAGCGGGCGGUGAGGGCGCGUUCGUUGUCACCGGCAACAGCGGACUGGAGACUGCAGGGAGUGCCUCCAUUAUGACCGUGGUGGGCGUGGAGACGGGUACCAGCAUGCGGCAGCAGCUGGACCUGCUGCUGACGUCCAUCCACACGACAAUGACUGCCGAGGUGGUGAACAAUGGAGUCGCUGCCGCGCACGCCGACGAACUGGAGCAGCUGGAGCUGGUGGAGGUGCUGGGCAAGGGCGGUGGCGGCAUCGUGUACCGCGGCAGGAUGGGCACCCAGGAGGUGGCGGUCAAGGUGAUGGAGCUGCCGGACGUGGACGCCGGCGAGACGGCAGCCAGCGGCCAGCAGCCGCAGCAGCAGCGCAGCCCGGCGGCGUCGCCCGGUAAUGCUGGUGGCAACGCGGCGGCGCUGGCUAAGGAGCAGCUGCGCGCGAGGCGGGCGCUGCUUCGCAACGCCAUGGAAAUGGCAGUGCAAGUUCGCGUGAGCCAUCCCAACGUCCUCCAAGUGUACGCCACCCACUCCAACGUGCUGGUGGAGCAGCGCCUGCGCCCCGACGGCUCCGCCUACGGCUGCCUGGUGUGCACUGGCCAGGGCUCAGCAGCGGACCCGCCCUCAGCCAACCUCCUAGGGCCCGCGGGUCCCACACACUGCGCCAUCGUCACCGAGCUGGCGGACGGCGGCUCGCUGGCGGCCCUGCUCACGGCGCGCCUGUUCCCGCGGGUGGUGGUGGCGCGCGGCGGGCCGGUGCAGCCGGACCGCCACCCGUUUACACUGGACCUACGCGGCGUGUACAUGGUGUUGCUGGACGUGGCGCUGGCGCUGAGGCACCUGCACUCCAUGAACCUGGUGCACAGAGACCUGAAGCCCGCCAACCUGCUGCUCAAGUCCAAUCUGCGUGACUACCGAGGCUUUACAGUAAAGCUGGCGGACUUCGGGUUCGUGCUGCACCUUUCCGAGGUUGCAGAGGACGGCACACGUUACGUGAUGGUUGACCAGGCGUGCGGCACGGUAACCCACAUGGCACCAGAGCUGCUUCCAGGAAAGGCCCGAGUUGAGGCGAGCGCAGACGUGUACAGCUUUGGCAUCUUGUGCUGGGAGCUGGUGGCAGGCGGCAUCCGACCCUUCCCGCACCUUCACCCCGACCUCAUUCCCCGCCACAUCUACAAGGGCGCGCGCCCGACCUUCUCCGACUCGAUCCCCUUCACCUACCGCGGAUUGGCGCAGGCCUGCUGGGCCGCAGACCCAUCGAGGCGGCCCAAGGCUUCAGACCUGGUUGCAUUCAUCACAAACCAGCUGCAAGAGCUGGAGAACUCAGGCUACUGAUGUGGUGGAGGCGCUGUGGUCCAGGCAGCUUUCCGGUUGCGCGUAUGUGCAACGCGGGCGCAGCCGGCACAGACGUUCUUAGGCGGCCGCUGUUGCCAGCAGGGCGUGCCGCAACCUGAUGCAGUGACGAAGCAUGUGUUGGGCUCUGGAUACCGGUUGGGCUUUGGAUACCGGGUGGGCUCUGGAAAUCGACCAGUGUGUGCAUCACCGCAAGUGAUGCAUGGGACCCCUGGCGGGCUAGUGGGUUCAUUGCAUGCGAUGGUUUGGGUAUACUGAAUGAGCCUUUCCAGCACAUAAUGUGUUUGCCGGCUCCUGGCAAGUGUCUGCCAGUUGCAAACGUCACUGCUACAUAACAGUACGAAUAAACGACCGAAUGCUAGGCAGGAAGGGGCCCUAUCGUGGGGCCCUGUGCUUUUACACCCGCCGGACGUUGGCCCUGGGCUUGCGGGACUUCGAUGACAUCAUCGCAACUCAAGUGAGUACGGCUGUAUAGGGCGCGUCUGGGCGCUGGAGGUCAUUGGCAAGAUCGGAUUAAUUGCUACAUUGUCACGUAAACCCGUCCUUCAAAUCGGGAGGUCGAACAUUGAACAUACUUGCGCAAAUGGGAGAAGCCAGAGAUGCAACCCGUCCUUCAAGUCGGGAGGUCGAACAUUGAACAUACUUGCGCAAAUGGGUCAGCCGUGUGGAGCUAGGAGCUGUGUCCGCGCGCAAGUGGUGAGCGGCGGUGUGCCUGCAUGACUGCGCGCCCCCUGCUGCAACGAUGUACCCUUCCGUGUCACGCUAGAAGUGUGACCGGCAUGCGUAUGGGAUGCAUCGUGUAUGCGCUGGCAAGAGUCGCCGGUAUGCGCCAGGCAAAUGCUUGCGUUUGUGAUGUCAUGCGUGCCAGUGAUUCAGUUGAAUACCUGAUUCAAGCUGGACCGCUCUCAUAAUAAGUGCGCGCUCCUCACUAAACUAAUAAAUUAUUGUCACGCGUUUUGGCUGCUGAUUCCUUGAAUGGACAGGACAUGAGCAUUUAGGACUUGAAGGGGACAUGCCAUCAACUGUUAUGUUGGUCAAGGGGGCGGUAGUUGCUUGUGCAGCAACAACUGGGAAAUAAAGCAGGGAGUAAUAAGGUCCGUUGUGUUGAACCGCACCGCAAAGCACCGCACCGCAAAGCACCGCGCGUGAUAGGCGCUUAACAGGAAGGUGCAGCAGUACAGGUAUAAUGUUGGACAAGACCUGUGGCAUUUUUUGUGUUAUUUGUGCACCAAGAGCUUGGGCACUUCGUUCUGAUUCAUCUGAUUACCAUGCAGCAGAGUGGGCUGACCUUAGUAUCCUGCUGGAUAAUAGGCAACCGUGCACCUGACUGGGUCAUUGUUGAGGACGCAUCCUGCGUGGCCCAUAUGACCGUAUCUAUUAUGUCCACCCAUGCAGAGAAUGUCCACAAAUCGUGAGUUUUACAUCGUUUGACAGAGGUGAUGGUACAUUUGCGGAGAAUGCCGGGGGAGGAAAAAGAAGGCGAAGUGAUGUAUGGAUGCGAACUUACAAGAUGGGACAGUCCGAUCGCAAGGGCACGCCGCAACCCUGGUAAGCGGGACCAUCUCGGGCUUCAUUGUCAUGCUGAUGAAGCACCCAACACCACAUCAGCCAAUAGUAAGCUGUCCAUGGACGCACGAAGUCGCUUCUCGCUCCGACUGCUUUUGACCCGCCGCCUAUUGGCGAUCAACAGGCCAUUUUAAGUACCAUGUGAUGA